UGCUGAAUUCCUGACGAUACCACAUAGAGUGCCUCAAGGAGAGGCACCUUCAGCAUGGCCCAUAAAAGCCAAACUGGUGGAAUUGAGAAAAAUGGGUCACUUUCCUCCAUCCUCUAUUGUAAGAGUGAUUUAAAGGAUGGAUCCCUGCAGUGGGUAAAAGAACCGCUCAAUGGCCAGGUGCUCAUGGUGCUCAGCAUGGACAACAACUGCUCAGCCACCUCCUUUGACAUGGAGCUUUGUGCAGAGAAACUGAAGUCCCUUGGGGUUCAGGUGGCAGUGGAUCAGUGGAGAAGGUUAAUCCAGGAUGCUGUCCUGAAGCCUGAAGUAAGACGGUACAUGUUCUACAACUCCAGGGCGUUCCACAUAGCCAUCGCUGUGGUUUUCUACGUGUCUCUCUGGACAAACAUCUACUCCACAGUCCAGCUGUGUUCCUUCGGGCGGUACUGGGAGGCCAGCGUGCUGGUGACCCUGGCCGCCGUAGCAGUGACUGUAGCUGUGAUACUGGUUAUUGAUCGUCGCCAGAGGAAGAUAAAUAUGAAUACAGAUGUGAGGCUGGCAGCUGUCAAUGAAAUCUUUAUCAAACACAGUUUAAUUCUGGGGAUUACAGAUGUCCUGGAUGGGCCACACAACAUUCUACAACUAUGGUUCGUGCACUUCAGCCCAGAGCGCUGCCUACAGUCCCUGUCAGCCCACAUCGCGGACCUGCAGAGGACACGAGAGUCGGACUUGCGGCGCAGCCUGGACCAGCUCUGUGUGGUUAUGGAGGCAGUGGUUCGGCCCGACCCGGGGAUGGAGGAAGAGGCUUUGAGUGAAGACUCCCCUCUUUUAUCCAGCGGGGUGAACCUAAAUAAAAAGCCUGUGACAUGCAAUGAGCUGCUCCGUCUCGUUCCCGAGGGCCCACCAGAGGUGAUGGCCCAGCAGCUCUUGGUGAUCUUCAGUGGAUGCUACGUCCGGCUCCUGGUCACUGGCUGCCUCCCCCGGGCCGUGGCAGGGGGGCACCUGGAGCACAGCAGCGUGCCCUGUCUCUGCCAGUUCAUCGAGACCACCGCACUCAACACACACCAGAGCUGGUUCACGGGCAGGUGA